AUGCGCAUCUUCGCAACAAGCGACAUCAUCGCUUCGCCUGCGCGUUCACAUGCAUAUGAUGAUCCUUCUUUUGACAGGAAUGAAGGGGUCAUCGAAGCCAAUGCGCCACUCAUGGUGCACACUUCACCCUCUAGCAUCUGUCGAUGCUCACUGACAUCUCUGGAAACCGCACCGUGCAGGCAGAGUCACACUGUGUCUGACAAGAAGCGCCACAAGGGGCAUCCGCCACAAGGCAGAUCCCGAGAUCUACCAUGCAUUGCAAACCGCAAUGGCCUACUAAGCCCACUUGCACCAACAAUCAAAUCAAACUGUCCCACAACCGCCUCAAAGUGCCACUCUGCUGCCUUACAUUUCGCAACGGCUCCCGUGUCACUAUCCCCCGCGAAGCAGUCGACUAUCCAGAUCACCAAGUGGUCACAAUACCUCCCAAGGCUUAAACCCAAAAGCAAAACCCCGCAAAAUCUCACCUCAGGAAGGGGCGUUGCCCGCGCCUUGGAUUGGCCCCCAACUAUCUGCAGCGUUGCAGCGUCACGAGACCACAAUUGUGACUCCAGUUCCCGGGUUCCCGUUUUUGCUGACCGUUCAUGUUUGGGGCGUGUGGGAUAG